AUGGCUGAAGCGAGUGAACGACCGACUUGUGAGCCUAAAGAUCGGUACUGGGAAAGGUCCUUCGGGUUGUUACGCCUACCGCAAGCUGGAUGCAAAGAGGAAGAAAAGGAUGCCUUUUGGCAGGAGCUCGAUGAUCAUUCGUUCAAUACCACAAAAGAGAUACUUCUACUUGGAGGGUCCUCAACGGACAUGUUGGAGAAAAGCGAAAUGGUCCAGGAAACGGGUUCUGGAAAGAAUGCGGACAGCGUGGUGUUUCUUGGCUCUCGAAUAUCUCGUAAAAUGCCCGAGACUGGUACAACGAUCCCAAUAUGGAAGAACAAAGGUGGUGUCGCAGACUGUACAGCAUACCGACCAAUCCGGCUGAUGAGUCCCUCUCCGAAGAUCUUCGAAGGGAUGCUCGAGACAAGAAUAAAAAUUGUAGAGAUGUCAGCGAAUCAGAGCGGCUUUGUAAAAGGUAUGAGUACUGCUGACGCCAUCCAUACUGGUGAAGGAAAAUUAUAG